AUGGAAUCUAAACCUCUGUUAUUCUGUGACACAAAAACGGUGUUGACUUAUAUGGAACCCAAUUUUCGCUUCAAUCUCGCCCUUCAAAUACCUUCAAUACGUGGAGCUGAAAAAGCAGCACCUCUACACAUCAACCGCUUAGAACUGGAAGAAAAUGCUAUCACUGUGAAUGAUACGAAAUACACCCUAUCAGUAAUCCAAGAAUUCUUUGGGAUGAUGAAAGAGGGGAAGAUUGAUUUCGAUGAAUACGGUUUUCCACUUAACACUGAUGCCGUCGUUCUUCCUGGAGACAUUCGUCUGAACGAGCAGGGAGAAUCCGACCCAAUUGAUUACGAUGCAGAGGAGCGGAAAGCAAAACGCUGUUUGAUGCAGCUGGAGCAAGAGGGUGACCAGGAGAAGAUUGCUUUUAUGAAAACCGAGCUUCUAGCUUUUGUGUGUCGCAGAAAUCGUACACCGUCCCUAGCCAGAUGCUUCAUAGAGUUGGACGUGAAUGGGGAAUCGUCUCUAUUCCCGUAUACGAUCAAAAUCUACGAGAUGAUGAAGAAGCUAAUCAAUGUAUUCUUUGGAAAUCGUCAAGUUGAAUGGGAAAUCAAUCAUUUGAGUCUUGCCCCAAAUAUAUUGCGGUGGCCAAUGAUUGGUUUGAAGCCAACAGUCAAAAAUCUAGAAAUCUCUGGGUACACCAAUUUCAAGAUGAAUGCUCUCAAAUCGGUUCUCGUCGAAGCCACCAGUUUUCCUCUUAACAGUCUCAUUGUCCGCAUGAAUGAAGACGACACUCCAAGUGUGAAUCAUAAAAUUGCCAACGAUGCCAAAAUGCUGAUUCUUCAUCCUUCGUAUGAUUUCGUAUUCUCACAGGAGGCACUUCUUUCGCUUCAAAAUCCAAGAGUUGUGUUUCAUGAUCCAUUUCCCUGUGACGCUUACAACAAUCUGUUCGCAACAUGGAUGGAGCGAGGUUGCGCGAUUGGAACACAUUUUUCAUUUCGAUAUAAGGAUAUGGAGUCAGAGGUUCGAUCGACGCUUCUUUCGCAUGGGAGUAGAGCGCAAGUUCUGGAGAAGUCUAAAGAAUGCAUCAAACUGUUAAUGAAAAAUGGUGCAGUGUUGGUGGUUACCAACCAUCGAGACAUGUAUUUGGAAUUCGGUAGAGUGCAUUCAAUCAAUCAUAUCGAUAUGAAAGUGGUCAGCCGAUAUGGAUAA